AUGCCGUCGCAACUGUCCAAGAUGAUGCGAAUGAGUGCUAUCCAGAGAGUGCUCCUCGGCCUCUUUCUCGCCCAAGUGUCUGUGGCAUUGAUUUCCCCAGAGGGUCGCGAGUACUGCACAGGAGACGGCUCCAUCUGCGAGGCGUUCAACAAGAUCGACAGAGAGUGCAGAGACAAAACCGGUGCUGCAUACACAAAAUGUACUUGCGAGACAGGAUGGGUUCCUUUGAAGGAAGCCUGUUAUAAUUGCAGAAGAAUGUUUGGCGAGUUCAUGUUCAGUCAACUGGAAAGAGACCAAUCGGUCUGCAAAGAAGAGGGCUUUGAUAUUGCGCCAAUCCCUUCAAGCAUCAUCUCCCAGCAGAAGCAGUACAACAAAACGGCCGAGGUCCCAUCCAUGCCAGCGUCAAGCACGAUAUCGAUUGAUCGAAGUUAUACAACCAACAGCCACGAGGCGUAUACCACCACCGUGUACGGAGUUGUUGCGUCGGUCACGCUGCCAGAGAUUUCAGCCCCAACGGAGGAGGUAGUAGAGGAGGACGAAGACAACUCGGCAGUGCGUCAAGUCGGUAGUGUCUCGGUAGUUGCUGUUUGCGCCGUUGUCUUGGCAAUGAUAAUACCGUGA